GCUUCAGCAAAAGACAAAGGAGACAGAGAGGUGGACGUAGACCGUGACUGGUAAUACAGAGAAGGGAGAUUCCAAGACCGAACAUCUUUAAGGUGAGAGACAAGCAGGCAGCUGGAAAAGGAAGUGGGAUAUAUUUGUCCUACUAUUCAUUGACAGACAGAAGACCUCAUCUCUUUUCCUUUUGAAGAAAGGGUGCCUUUUGGGGUAUUUUACCAUGGAAACCAAGAUGGUGAUGCAGCGAGAGCAAGAAGAGCAGUUGUCCCAGAUGUCUCAUGGCAUGCAGCUUUCCACCCAGAUAAAGAAGCGGACCUUCACUUCCAGUAAUGAGGAUGCCUCCUACUCUAAUGUCCAACCCAUCAUUCCUGCUGAUCUGAUGUCUGUUAAAGAGAUCCUGAACAUGAACAAUUUACCCCGCCACAGGACUUGGGAAGUUCUGCAAGAAACGAUGGCUGCAGAUGAAGAGUACCACAGAGAGAAGUGGACUCGCUUUGGCAAUGAAGCGGAGAGGACCGAGAUAGAUGUGAUAAGGAACCAGCAUCUGUUGCGCAAUCGUGUUGACAAAAUGGCGCUCCGGAGACAGGCAGAAAAUAAGAAGUCUGCCCAUCUGAACUACUUGGAGAGACUGAGUCAGAAAGCUCCAGAUUUCACUAUCCCUCUGAGAGCUCACACAGUCUGGGAGGGAAUGACUGUGAUACUGUCCUGCAGUGUCCGGGGUUGUCCAUCCCCAAAGAUUCAGUGGUACAAAGAUGGUGAACCACUAAUAAUAUCUUCCCAACCAUGGAAUUACAGCCUCCAACAAAAUUGUGGCCUCAGUUUACUGGAAAUCAGAAGGUGCUCUCCGGCAGAUGCUGGAGAGUAUAAAGUGGUUGCCAAGAGUGCCCUGGGCGAAGCAACGACAUUUGGAACCUUAGUAGUAAACUCAUAUCAUGGAGCCAUGACUGGUUCAGAGUCCUCGCAGACCACAGGCUUGCAGCAACAAAAAGAAGCCCAGUUUGACAUUUCCUUUCCACCCACCUGGGUAAAGGAGGGCAGUGGCCUCUCCCUGCAGUGUACCUUCACAUCAGACCUGCUUCCUUUCCAGCAGGACGUCCUCUGGUUCAGAGAUGGCAUACAGUUGCAGCAGUCCAGCAAUGUGGACAUUAAGACAUUUGACAAUAAAUCCAUCAUCACUAUGAUGGCUGCAUACAAGGAGAAUGAAGGUGUUUAUUGUGCCAGACUGAGGACCAGGGAUGGAAUUGAGGAACACAUGGCUUUUGUCUACCUUAAAGAUGGGUCGGCUGCAGUGCCGGGAGGCCCUGCAUCUCCUUUGGCAGUGGAGGUGUCCGAUGUCAACAAGGACUACGUCUUUGUGACCUGGCAGCCGCCCAGUGCUGAUGGAGGAUCACCUGUGGAGGGCUAUUAUGUGGAGAGGUGUGACCUCAGUCAGGGAGAGUGGGUGCGCUGCAAUGUGGACAUUCAGAAAAUAUGCCACUUUCCAGUGUUUGGCCUGAAGGAGGGGGCUCUAUACCAGUUCAGAGUUUGUGCUGUGAACAAAGCCGGGGUGGGACGUCCCUCCAAAGCCACAGAGCCUGUCCUCACUGCAGACCCUCUUGAAUACACCAGGACAAUGGUGGUCCAAGUGGACAGAGGAAGGACCAUUACCAUUACAAAAGAUGAACUGGAAGGUCAGGUCAAAGCUCCUUUUCCUCCCACAGACGUCCGUGCCUGCGAGCUGAGCGACACCUACAUGGUGCUGAGCUGGACCGAGCCUGAACCCCGAGGCAGGGAGCCGCUGACCUUCUAUGUGGAGCGGUCCUUGACAGGGAAAAACAGCUGGGAACUUGCCAGUCUGGACAAGGUGGUGAACUCUCCCAGGUACCCAGUGUUUGAUCUGGUCAAAGACAAACAGUAUUGCUUCAGAGUCCGCUCCAUCAACAAGUAUGGUGUUAGCGACCCCUCCGACCCGAGCCCACCAAUUUCCCUUGGAAAGCCACAAGCUGUGCCGCCUCCACCUCACUCAGUCAUGGCCAUUAGAGACACAGACACCUCAGUUCUGCUGCAGUGGCAAGAACCAAAAGACAAAGACGACAUCGUGGGAUAUUAUCUGUACUACAGUGAAGCAGAAAAACAGGAGUGGAAAACUGUCAACAACAAACCUUUAACAACAACCAGGUUUAUAGUUCACGGUCUAAAGACUUGGAAGGAAUAUGUGUUCAGGGUGAAAUCUGUGAGUCGAGCAGGAAACAGCAAGUAUUCAGAUGAGUCUCACCCCAUCCUGGUCAAAUCAGCUAUUAAUGUUCCCUCAUCUCCCUCUGCCAUUGCCCUGCUGCUGUGCACAGAAUCAGAGAUGGUUCUGGGCUGGAGGGCUCCUUCCUCUAACGGGGGAAGCUCUGUUUCCGGCUACUACCUGGACCAGAAGGAGAAGGGCAUGGAGAUCUGGAGAGAGGUCAACAUAAAACCUGCCAAAGAGAAGCAGCUCAAGGUAUCAGACUUGAAAACUGGACAUUUCUACCAGUUCCGUGUCUUUGCUGCCAAUGCAGCUGGCGUUGGGAAACCGUCUGACGCCAGUGAAGCGUUUCUGUGCGAGAAGUGGACAAUGCCAGAACCAGGUUGCCCGUAUGACCUGGAGUUCAGGGAAGUGAGAGACGACUCCCUGGUGCUCCGAUGGGCGUCUCCGCUCUAUGAGGGUCAAAGUCCGGUCAGUGGCUACAUACUGGAAAUGAGCCAGGGAAACCAGUCAGACAACUGGACGAUUCUGACUGCCAAACCUGUUUCUGAAACUCAUUACAAGGUGACAGGUCUGCAGACAGGUCACACCUACUGCUUCCGUGUGUCAGCUGUUAAUAAUGCAGGAGUUGGUCGUGCUUCCCUGCCCUCUGAGUCGGUCACAGUUCAGACCCAACCAGGAACUAAAGAGAUAAAGAUCGGUGUGGAUGACGAUGGGUUUAUAUUUUUGGGCUAUGAGGCUGUUGAGAUGAACGACGAUAGCGAGUUUAUCUGGAGCAAAAAUUACACAGAACCCAUCGAUUCUCAGAGAACGAAAGCAGAAACCACAAAGAACAGGUCAGUUGUUACCUUCACAGACCCAUCUGAGGAAGAUCUGGGUCUGUACACUGUGGAGAUGAGUGGUUGUCCUCAGCUUUCAUCCAGCUAUGAUUUUACAGCUGAAGACCUCGAACGUCUCAAAGAUCUCAGCUGGCAGGUCAGAAACCCAUUGAUUGCACUGAAGUCAACUUGGCAAGUGGAGGUGUCUGAGAAAGGCAGCGUGCGCCUUUGGCUUCAAACCGAGAGUCUGAGUGACUCUGCUGAACUCCGUCUUGUUUUUAACGACCGGGAAAUCUCCACCUCUCCACGCCGCAAGAUAAACUUCGACAAGGCCAAAGGUCUGGUGGAGAUACUGUUUGAUCAGCUCUCUCAGGAGGACGAAGGCUCGUACACCGCUCAGCUGAGGGACGGCCGUGCCAAGAACCAAUGCACUUUGGUCUUUGUGGAUCAAAAGUUUCGUGAAAUACUGGCCCUGGCUGACUGGAAUCGAAGGGACAUUCAGAGAAAGACUGGACCUUAUUUCCAAGAAUUUUUGACAUGGAGUGUGAAUAAGGAUUGUGAAUUAAUUAUACAAUGCAAGGUGACAAACACAAAUAAGGACACUUCCUUCAAGUGGUUUAAGGAUGGUCUGGAAAUUAAAGACCUUUCUUAUGAUCAGACAACUGGGAUUAUCUCGCUCUCAAUCUCACAGGUGACGAAGAAAGAGGCCGGUUCAUACAGAGCUGUGGUGUCAGACAGCCGAGGAGAGGAUGUCAGCACCUUGGAGUUACUAGACAAUGAGUAUGACAAGCUUCUCCAGCAGCUGAGUGAACAAUGCGCAUUGUCAGCUGGUCCGCUGCGGAUUGAGAGCACUGCUGAGGGUUUCAGGAUCUACUCCAGCCUCAGAUAUUACAUUGGCUUCCUGAAGACAAGCUGGUACUUCAAGGGGAGAAAAAUUGAUCAAGAGACCAGGACAAAGCCAGGCAGCAGUAUUCAGAAAGUCUGGAUUGAAAUCUUAAACCCAAUAGAGAAUGACAAAGGUGAAUACAUCUUGGAGAUGUUUGAUGGAAAAGAGACACACAAACGGCUUUAUGAAUUGUCCACAGAAGCAUUUGCUGAAGCCUUGCUGGAACACCAAAGGUUAAAGCAACUGGCCAUUGCUGAGAAAAAUCGCGCCAAAGUAGUAAAAGGGCUUCCAGAUGUUGUAGCCAUCAUGGAGGGCAAGUCUCUGUGUCUGACAUGCUUCAUUGAUGGCGACCCAGCUCCUGAGAUCUUCUGGCUACGCAAUGACAGAGAAAUCCUUGAUCAGACUCAAUUUACCAUUAGUAAGGAGUCCAAGCGCACCUCCAUCACUGUCAACAAGGUUACCACGGAAGAUUCUGGAAAGUAUAGUAUCUUUGUGCGCAACCAGUAUGGCUCUGAAACUGUUGAUGUGACCUUGAGUGUGUACAAGAAGGGUGACAAACCUCCAGCUAAUGCAGUAGAGAUGGGUUAAAUUUACAAACUGGAGGAAUGCCACAGUUUUACCCAGUCAGAUAUUUUAUUUUAUACACCAACAGAAAGUGGGACAUCAUGAUGAUAUGGGAAGAAAAUGAUACAACAUUUUGAAAUUCUUUUACAAAUUCUUUCAUGAGCAUAGCUGGGUAAAUACCUUAUAAAAUACAUUUUUGCUGCAAUUAAAGCUGCAAAUGUCUUAGGUUAGGUAAGCUUUGCACAUCCAAGUUAAAUGCAAAUUAUCUCAGUCAGGCUCAAUAGAGACCAUCUGCAGACAUUGGUUUUCAAGCAUUGACAAUGGACUUCUAAAGGCAAAUGAUUAAACUUCAUGUGGUACAGCCUGGGGCUAAAUAUGAAUUACGUUUUUUUUUGUUUUUUUUAGACUGUGAAACCCAUUUUUUCUACAUUGUGUUGGUCUAUAAAGUAAAAUUCCAGUAAUACUUCACGGGGUGCAAAACAUGGAGUAGCUAAUGCAUUUUUCUUAGUUUAGCUCUACAACCUCCACUUGUGAGAACUGAAGUUGGCAUAGCUCAUAUAAUACUUGCCACUCAAAAUGAUAGCAUUAUUUUUGCUUGUCUGUGUGUUUGCUAUUAUUUUUGCAUGUUUAUUUGAGCUAGAUUAUAGAUCAGGUUAGGUUACAAAAAUAAUUAUAUCAUUGUGAUUGUUUACUAGAUGCUAAUACAGAUUAAAUACAACAGUAAAACCUUUCUGAGCUGGUUUAUUUUGGGGAAACUUAGUUUAGCUUAGUUUUACUUUAGAAGAGAAGAAUACUUGAUUUUUAUAAUGCUUCUGCUAUUUUAAUGUUGCAUUUACUUGCAGCCUUUUAGUAUAAAGAUUUUAGAAAAAACAGAUGUGUUGUUUGCCUGUUUCGUUGUCAAUAAAGCUAUUUCCAACUUAU